AUGCCAUGCCCCCCUACCCUCUCCCCAGGUGCGCCCACCGUGAUGCAGCAGCCUCGAAUGGACACAGAUGCCAUCGGUGCUGGCGAGGGGCUGCAGCCUGUGGCGCCCUGGUCAGCCUGGGUCUCCAGGCAGGGCUGGGUGCGCUGGUGGGUGUGCCAUGUGCCCCGCAGCUGGGCCCGGUGGUGGGCCACAUCGGGCUGGCGGCAACCUUUGCAGCGCAUGCUGUGGGGCUUUGAGGGAGUGCUCUACCUGCUGCUGGCUCUGAUGCUGUGCCACGCACUCUUCACCACGGGCUCCUACCUGCUCAGCUCCCUGUGGCCCGUGGCUGCUGCCGCCUGGCGCCACCUGCUGCCGGCCCUCCUGCUACUGGUGCUCAGCGCCCUGCCUGCCAUGCUCUUCACCACCUCCUUCCUGUUGCUCUUCUCCACACUGCUGAGCCUCGUGGGCCUCCUCGCCUCCAUGUCCCACCCCGACCAAGCUCAGGACUUGGACCAAUAGAAGGCAACCCCACCCCCA